AAAAGGGGGAGGAGGAAGAAGAAACGGGAAGUAAGUAGGAAAAGGAGCAGGAGAAGAAGAAGUGGCUUAAAAAAAACAACACGGACACUUGGCUGUCUGUUAACAAACAAGGUUACACAAUUAAAUGAGAGAUAACAACCUGAUGCAUGAUGUGAGGUGUGUAAAAACCUUUUGACACCUGGAAGUGGCUGUUGAUAUGGUGGACCUGAGACUGACCCCCAGGAGCCCCCAGUCUCACUUUUAUAAUGAGAGCCUGGGGAAAAUGUUGCCACAGAUUAUGGAUCUAGGAUAUAAUUUCCCAUGAGAUUACAAUUUCUCAGCGCUUCAAUCAAACAGCUGUAAACAACAUGGAGAGAGAAGCAGCUCAGAAGGAAAUGGAUUGGGUUACUGACACCGAUGAGGACAUCCCUGAUGGUGAUUCCAUCUUAGGGACACAGACUAGUCAGUGGGAGGCCAGACCCAUUGACGAUGAAUGUGAGCAGGACAAAACAGACAAAUCUCAGGACACCCCAAAUCCAGCCAUUCCACAAGCCUAUGGUGUUGGCAAAGCAGAGUAUUGUGGAUCUACAGAGGCCAAAGAGGAUACUGAGGAGGCUUCAGAUGGGUUUGAGCAUGAUGACAUUGCAGAUCAUGAGAACUCGCAUGUUAUAAAUCAAGAAGAGGAUGAAGCUGCAAAGGAGCAGCACAUGAAUGGGGAGUCUGGUUGGAGGAACGUGGGACCUGGGCGGAGAUGCAGAUUCAGGAGCAGUGGGUCGGUUUCAGAGCAGAGCGGUCAAAGUGCUUUUUCCUCCAUUCAAAAAGGUAAUGUUAUGUCAAGUGGUGGUCGGCACAAGCAGACCCGUAGACGUAACCACCACCACCAUCAGCAGAACCGAGGCCGCAGGCGGACAGGCAACCAGCUUGUCCUAGCUUUCAAGGAGAUGCUGUCAGAGUCUCUGAGCUUCUGGUGCAUCUCCUGCGUCCACAUGAUGAUUGAGAUUAUUGUCACAUUAACUCACAAUUGUGGAGUUGGUGUGGAGGCUGGAGGGGUGAAACUUUACAACUUUGGGCAGCAGCUCUUUGUGAAGAUCACAGAUACAGCAGGAAUGAAGGCGGAUGCUAGUCGGAUUCUGAAAUGGACAAAAUGUGCAGGAACAGACCUGGUGGAUAAAAUUGUUCGGUUAGUAAAGUGGGUGAAGACAGCUGCCUUAACGUUUUUGAGACUUUUCUGUGCUUUGGUUAUUCUCGGUUCCCAGUGGGCAAAGGGUGCGUUGGUUCGCCUUGGCGGAGAGAAGGGAAAACGCUAUUGGACAACUUUUCAGGAGUCAAGGUUUUGGAAGAGGGUUUUGUCCCUGCUGGAGACAAUCCGAGCCAGGUUUAGGAGGCAUGACCAUGUACCCCCGUCCAGCCCUGACUCUCCCGGCAGGGCAGGGAGAAGCCAGCCAGGCCAGGAGCUGGAGAGACUGCUGGCCUUGGCUGAGGUACCAGAGGACGAGCUUGACCCCUUUACGGUGCUGGGUGUGGAGGUGCAUGCUACUGAGGCUGAACUGAAGAAGGCCUACAGACAGCUGGCUGUCCAGGUCCAUCCAGACAAAAAUAAACACCCCCGAGCUGGAGAGGCGUUCAAAGUACUGAGGGCUGCCUGGGAUAUUGUCAGUAACCCAGAGACACGACGAGAGUAUGAGUUGAAGCGUAUGGCAGCAACCGAGCUCUCAAAGUCCAUGAACGAGUUUCUCACUAAACUGCAGGAUGACCUGAAGGAAGCCAUGAACACCAUGAUGUGUACCAAGUGUGAAGGCAAACACAAGCGGUUCGAGAUGGAUCGUGAACCUGCUGAGGCCCGCUUCUGUGCUGAGUGUAACCGCUGCCAUAGUGCUGAGGAGGGGGACCUGUGGGCCGAGUCCAGCAUGUUGGGUCUACGGAUCACAUACUUUGCAUGUAUGGAUGGCAAAGUGUAUGACAUUACAGAGUGGGCAGGUUGUCAAAGAAUAGGCAUUUCUCCUGACACGCACCGUGUGCCCUAUCACAUCUCUUUUGGUUCAAAGAACAACAGCAACUCCACACGACACAGGACACCCUCAGAGCACGCCACGAGUCCGACCAACCCUGCAGAUUUGCAGGACUUCUUCAAUCGCAUCUUCAAGGGAGGACCUCCUAACGACAUGACUGCCAAUGGGGGAUUCUUCCCCUCAGGUCCCCCCCAUCAGCAACCCUCUGGUGCUGGAGCGCCCCCAUUCUCCCCUCCCCCGAGCCAGACAGGUUUCUACAUGCCCGGGGGUCAGCGGCCAGAAUCCAGUGAGACAUGGGCUGAAAGUGGCAAACCCCCCAGAAGGAGGAAGAAGGUCCGCAAACCCUUCCAGAGGUGAAGUCCGUUGACCUCUCAGUGUAUCAACAUAGCAACACAGGGACAGAAUAAAUAAUGGCCAUGCUUGUCUCUCGGCUCCCUUUCGGCCUGCCAAGAUCUGAACUCAAGAUAAUUCAUGUGGUUUAAGGUCAGCUGAGCCAGAGGUGUGAGAGAGACUGGCUCAUUAAGAGGAGCCUGUUGACUCAACAAGUAUUGGAGGAGGGUUGAAGAGGUGAUGGUGCUUUACCUCUCAUUUCACCUUAUUGUUUUGUUGGUCUUCAAGACGACUGUAACCUUGGCAUUGAAAUCCUUAUUGGGAUGCUGUAAUGAAAUGUUUUCCUUUCAUAAUUUCCUGCCAAAUCCUGCAAAGCAUGAUUUAUUCACCUGAGUUUUAACACUUUUGUUUUUAAUGUUUUCUAUAAGGCAAGUUGGAACAGAGUGACACUUGAAGUAAGAGGAUCACUAUAAUUAACACAAAGAAGAUAAUGAUCUGGGUGACUUCACUGUGUUAGUGUUUACUCGUUUUAGAUCUGCACCUCGUUCGCCAUAUUUAAAGAAUGAUUUGAAACCAUUUAAACCCAACACAUCUAAACGGAAUCAGAAAAAAGAGAAGAAAUUGUCAACACGUAUGCAGUAGUGCACUAAAGGUUCAAUUUCAGUGGUUAGAGAAACUAAACAAAUCCUUUCAAAGUUAUUACUGUUAUAAUGAUGUAAAAUCUGGACCAGAAUAAUUGAAAACAAUAAGAGUGUUUUUGUUCUGAGAACGGUUUCAAACUUGUUAAAUCUGCCUGCUGUUGGUUUCAGCUCCAGAUUGAUGUUAUUAUUGGGGUUUAAAUCUAACAGUUAGUUCAGUUAGGUUUCUGUAAUAAGUAGCUGAACUGCUUUGAUAAAUUCUCCAAACUUUAAAAGUGACACGUUGACAUUUUGAAAUAUGGAUAUUUUUCUUCGCCAGCGAGGAACUGUUUUGAUGUCCACAUACAACUGAUCUACACCGCCCCCUGUCGAUUGACUCUGUAACCACACCAAUUUAAAACACUUAUUCACAAAGCUUAACAGUCAUUUGACAUCAUAAAGUUUGAUAAUUUACAUAUACGAAAGCAAGCCCAACUGGCACAAAACUUGAAUGCUGUUAAAUCAAAAUUUUUACUUUAAUUAGUUCAUUGCCGACUAAAAAACCUUAUGUGUUUGAAAUAUGUUAGUUUCAUUUAGUUGAUUUGCAUAGUCGUUAAUGCUGCUGCUGAAAAGUGAACGUUCCAGUCGUCUACAUUUAAACACUGUGUGGAUCAGGGUCUCACUUGUUAAGUACCAUUUUAUGCCAACAAAGACGUUUGGGAGCAUGUUAAGCCAUGUCUUCUACAUCACGGAUCUGUCAUGACUCACCAAUUAAAGAAAUGAGUCAUGUGACUCUUAACUAUUUGCAGAUAUAAACUGGUGAAUUCUUCUGGUUAAUACUUCCACCUGGCUGUGAUUCAGCUUUCAAAAUGUCAGUCACAGAAACUCUAAAGCUAAGCAACAGAUUCCCCUGUGUAACUAAACAACAUAAAGGGGUCCGAAAAAAUGAUAAUUGGUUGUAUUUGGGUUUUUGUUUGUUGACGUAGUUCUUGCAUAGAAAUAAUUUAAUGUUCGUAAGUUAAGAAAACAGCUGGUAUCAUUUACAGUGUGAGAGUGUAGCGAAAUGGCAAUGUGUAAUAAGGCAUUUGAUAAAGGCUAUUUUUUUUUUAUAUUGGCAGUUGAUGAAAAGUACCAUGUUCAAUGUUUUUUGUGUUAAUUUGCACACCCACAACUGUAACAACAUCAGAAGGAUCUUGAACAGUCAUCAGUGAUUUAGUCUAACCAGACUCCUGCAGCUGUGUAGGAGGUGUAGCUCCCUCAGCUAACAGCUCAUUUGCAAUUAAGAUUAUUUUUUGGUAGAAACUGAAUGUUAAAGGAGUGAGAAAAAUUGUGAAGAAAACAACAAAACACAAUUAAGUCCACGUCCGUCACUUUGGAAAACCCAAAUAUCAGAUUUAUCUUCUGGCAUUGUACUUCAUAAUGCAAGUUUUUCUGGUAGCUUGAAAAGAUGAACCUUUGGUGCAAAUGUUUGAGCUCAUUGCAGCCAGUCAUUAAGUUUGCCAUGUUUCUUUUUAUGUUUCAUGUUGCUUUUCUCAUGUAUGCAUUUGACCAGUUUCCCAGAAAUGGUUUGAGUUGUCAACUAAAAAGGCCCUUUUAAAUGAAACAAAGUCAAAAUGU